AUGGCCAACCAAACUCCGGCCGUUGUCAUGGACAACGGUACAGGUUACACAAAGCUCGGUUUCGCCGGCAAUGAUUCUCCGUCCUUCGUCUUCCCUACCGCCAUUGCUACCAAGGGUCCCACCGACAGCUCUGCCGGCCGUUCGGGUAGACCUGGUGGUGGUAACAACUCUUCGAUGCUUUCGGGAAAGAGAGGCACAGAGGAUCUCGACUACUUCAUCGGCGACGAGGCGCUGGCCGCUUCAAGUGGUCCUGGUUACGGUCUUCACUACCCCAUCCGUCAUGGUCAGAUUGAGAACUGGGUGCGCAGUAACAUAGAAACACUAUUCUCCGGACCAAAUGCUGAUAUGCGCAGGNACCAAAUGGAACGCUUCUGGUCCAACUCGAUAUUCAAGUACCUCCGUGUCGAGCCCGAGGACCACCACUUCCUCCUUACCGAACCUCCCCUCAACCCUCCCGAGAACCGUGAGGCCACCGCCGAAAUCAUGUUCGAAUCCUUCAACGUCGCUGGUCUCUACAUCGCUGUCCAAGCCGUGCUGGCUCUCGCCGCUUCUUGGACCUCAUCAAAGGUCCAGGACCGUUCCUUGACUGGUACCGUUAUCGACUCCGGAGAGGGUGUUACCCACGUUAUUCCUGUCGCCGAGGGUUAUGUCAUUGGUUCUUCGAUUAAGAGUGUUCCUAUUGCUGGUCGCGACAUCACCUACUUUGUCCAGAGCCUUCUCCGUGACAGAGGCGAGCCGGACAGCUCUCUCAAGACGGCUGAAAAGAUCAAGGAGGAGUUCUGUUAUGUCUGUCCCGACAUUGUCAAGGAAUUUGCUCGCUACGACCGCGAGCCAGAACGAUUCGGCAAGCACACAAUCAACCACCCGAAUGGUCGCAAUGCUGUUGUGGAUGUCGGCUACGAGCGUUUCCUUGCUCCUGAAAUCUUCUUCAACCCCGAGAUCUACUCCUCCGACUUCCUGACGCCUCUGCCCAACAUUGUCGAUACCGUCAUUCAACAAUCGCCAAUCGAUGUUAGAAGAGGUCUUUACAAGAACAUUGUGCUGUCUGGUGGUUCCACUCUCUACGAGAACUUCGGUCGUAGACUCCAGCGUGAUAUCAGACACCUAGUCGAUGCUCGUAUCCAGGCUAGCGAGGCUCGCAGCGGUGGUGCCAAGUCGGGCGGUCUCGAUGUCCAAGUCAUCACCCACAAGCGACAACGUCACGGUCCUUGGUUCGGUGGUAGUUUGUUGGGUCAGACUCCCGAGUUUAGAAGCUACUGUCACACAAAGGCAGAGUACGACGGUUCGUUAUCAUCUCUUUGCUUGCAAUUGUCCGAUACUGAUCCAAAUCGCANNGAAUAUGGUCCUUCAAUAGUGAGAAGGUUCGCUCUUCUGGGUGGCCCAGGAAGCACCUAG